AUGGCGAACGACGAAGUGUUGGGGCCGCGUAAGACGAUGUUUGUUUUAGUGAUUGUUGUGGGGUGUUUCGCAGUCCUAUGGCCCAGGAUCCUAUCGCCACUGAUCCUGGGACACUCCCAGGAGCAGCUGAAACCUAACCAGUUCGACCGGGACGCAGGAUGCUGUGAAGUGAUGUUCGAGACGGAAGUAGCAGUGCUGGAGCUCAUUAAUGAAGUGUGCGCUUCUGCUAUUGGUGUUGGUGGGAAACUGUCUCCAUACUCAGCAGCGGAAUGCCGUAGAGCCGUGAAUGAAACAUGCGGUGUUGAUAUUGUUGCAUUUCUCAAAAGGAGCGAUAAUGUUGGAAAGACCACAAAGAUCCUUUUGGACACCAUGAAGAACAGCAAUAGCUCCUGCCUGAAGGAACAUUUCGGAGUACAAUUGUACACUCUCAACACGCACCCAGCGUUGAACUCGUGGACUUAUCAAGACACGCUAAAACAAGAGAGGACUCCAAUACGAGGAAUGGGACCCCAUCCAGCGAUGCGCGAGAGAGGCCGCGCCAUUCCACCCGGAGCGCCUCCGCCACAAGUGCAAUCAAAAGUGCCGGUGACUCUACCGCCACACGUCCGGGUACGAACUUCACCCCUCUCUGUCUACUACCAGCUCGACAUCAAGCCCCCACCGAUUCCGGGAAUGCGGCCCCCGCUCGGCUCCCCCGGGGGCCCGGUCCCGGCUCCCAAAUCCUCCAUGGGAUUCGUGAUGCCGAUUUACACCAUCUGUAUCAUUGUGUUCUUCGUCUACACUCUUAGCAAGAUCCUGUUCAAGCGCACAGGUUCAGCAUACGACAGUGUCGCGCCUGACCCUCAGUUUAGGAGGAGAGUCUUCCGAGACGACUCCAGGUCUUCGCCGGAUAAGCUAGUUGUCACGGCCAUCUCUGGCCUGGUAGCGGAGGUCCAACAGCAGAUGGAGGCGAGCGACGCUCAGAACCAGCAACGUCAGGAUGCCCAGGAUAACCAUGCUCGUCCAUACACCAAUGGAACAAUUCUACUUAAUAGUGGUCCGGUCCACAUCGUAGCUAGCGAAUUCCAGGAACCUAACGAGAAAAUUCCAAUAGACCAAAAGAAAUUGCCAUUACAACUGCCAAAAGAAACGUUAACAGAACAGAGGGAACUAUCUGUAGAAUCAGAACCACUACCGCAAUCACAAAAAGAGGUCGAAAAUACAGAAGAAAAUGUUGAUGAUGGUAUUAUUAUUGACCAAGAUGCUACCGACGAUUCAUUAAUUAAAACUGAAAAAUUGCAUGAAGAUAUAGAUUCACUACAGAAAGACACAGCACCAGAAUCUGAAGUUGUGAAUGAGUUAGGAAAAUCGUCUAGAGAAACUAUUGAACUUUUAAAAGACGCAACUGCAGAAAUAGACACAUUGUGUGAACAGGAACUAUAUACUAAAGAAUUGAAACAAGACAUAGAAACCGACGAUAAUAAAAUUAAUCAAAAUGACCAAAUUACAGAACAAAAUGAAUCGAGCUCAGAGCCGGAGUUAGAAGAAAUUCCAGAAAUAAAUAGCGAAAGGAGAAAUCACGAAACUGUUGAUCUUAUUUCCUUAUCAGACGGUCUAGAUUUGAAGAAAGAAGAAACGUUAGCACAAACCACUGAAGAGCUUAUAAAACAAGAAAGGGGAGAACGUAUCAACGAAGAAAAACAACCCACUCUGGAACUAUUAGAAGAAGCUCUUCAAGAAGAUACACCUAAAGAUAUCCAAGAGGAAGAUGGAGAAAAAGAAAGUUCGAGCGUAAAAGUGAUGGGUAUGGAGGUGACAACGCACAGUGCGGACGGCAGCGAGUGGCGCGGGCCGCGCGCGCCGGCGACUCCGCCCGCCCACGUGCAGCGGCCGGCGCACGAAGCCGAAGAAGUACAAUCGAUAUUCUUAGAAACAGAGAUUCCCCAACAGACGCGCGUACUCGUCACUGAUUUCGCCGAGAACAGAACGGAUCGCCCGAAGCCCACCAAGAACGCGCCUUUGGUGGUCAGCGGGAAAAUGACCCUGUCUCUUAUACAGGAUACACCACGCGAGACGCCCGAAAGAGAUCCUGAGUCAACACUGGAUGAUUUUACAACUGCCAGCGCCAUGACGCAGCCGCCCGCUGAGAAAGAAGAGGAUCUAUCGGAAGAGGAAAUAGAAGAAGAGAUAGAAGUAGAAGAAAUCGAAGAAGAAAUAGAGGAGGAGGAGGAGGAGGAGGAAGAAGAAGAUGAGCCAAAGAAUGAACCCAAGAAGACAGAUGUUAAGGAAGUAAAAUGA